UUUGAGUCAAUGUUAAGUUCAAAAAGUAUUUCUUUCUUUGUUAGUUAGGAAUUUCUUUAACUUAACAAGUUAAUUUGCAAGUAAGGCUAUUUGAUCUAUUCCUUUAUUUAUCUUUUUCUAUUUUCAGCAGAAAGAUUAAUACUGAAUCUUUCUUGUAUUGAAAUGUUUCUGAAGCAUGUUUUAGUUUGUAAAUUCUCUUCAGAAGACUGCUACCUACAUUGAACUCUGUUAUCAUUGUGAACUGAACAUGCAGAAAGAGCUGCAAGCAGCAAAAUAUGUUAGUGGGUCUAAAUAUGUAACCAAAGUGCUUGUUGUUUUACAUGACAUGUUUUCUUUAGACUUUAAAGAUGCAGAGGUUGGCAACCCUUUAGAGAGGGAAGAAACCAGUGGCCUUUAGUUUUCAGUUGCUGAGGAUAUAAUUUACUUCCAUACAAGUUGCAACUACUGUGAAUAUAGUAACUUGUUACUUCCCGUAAAAGAUUUCAAUUAUGCAAUUACUUGAAAGACGCAAUUACUUGCAAUUACUUCAUAUAGAAGAUUUUCCCUCUCAAAAAAGAUGUAAUUGCAACUAUUCAGGACGUAGUUACUAGUUACUUCCAUAGAGAAUUUCAAAGUUAGACUUGCUCCAUAGGAAUGUCCAGGUUCAUUCAGGAAAGGCUGAAAGCUUCGCAAUGUUCAUUGGAUGUAUCAGUGGUUACCUUCCAUAUGAGCUUAUUCAUGAACAGAAGUUGUUGGAAAGGUCUUCUGCACCUUUUUUUCACUUUAACAAGGUCCCGAUUACCAAAAUCUUUAUUAUGUGCACCCAAUAUUACUGCACAGAGUAUUGCCACCUGCAAUCCAUUUUGUAUUACAUGAAGUGAAUAUUUAUCUCAAGAAAAAUGCAGAUACAUUUUGUAUUCUAUACAAGGGUUGGAGAAAGUCACAAUGUGAUCGACCAUUGUUUACAAUUAUCAAUUCGAAUAGGAGGAAUUCCUCUUUCUUAUAAUUGAUAGGAAGAAAUCAUUGAUAGCCUAUCAUGCGUCAUGACUCUAUACUAUGAAACUACAUUAGUUCGAACAAGAACUAGUCAUCCUUUCCAUUGAGCAGAAUACAUGCUAGAGAAAGACAUUUCUGGAGCGCAUCUAGUUUACAAGUUUCAUUUAUCUAGGCUUAUGUGAAAAAUAAUUGAGGAUGUGGAUGUAUUGGGCUGCAGCAGUUAGAGCUAUAUAUAUAUAACCAAAAAUCAUAUGUACCUGAGAGGACUAGGCUAUACAUAUUGAUUUCCAAGUGAGAGAAGCCUGAUUGACCAUUAACUGCUAUAACAUAACAUUAUAUAAUUAUAUUCUUUCAUGUAAGUUCAUGCGUUCUUUGCACUUAAUUAGUUUAUGCAUUUGCAGAACCAAAGUAAUCGAGCCUUGAGAUUGGAUAUUAGUGAUAGAACUAUGGUUGUGGUUAAUUUGAUAUGUCUCAAGCAAAGAUUGAGCUUUUAGAGAGAGAGAGCGUGCGCGCACGCGUGUGCCCGUUUAUCUUGAAUCCUAUUAUAUACUUUGGUUAAAGCCCUUUAGCAUUCAUUAGUUUCCUUAAUAAUUACCCCACCACCUUGUUCAAAUGACUGUAAUAGCCAACCAUCACAACAAAUUAGGGAUUGGUUACUUUUAGAUUAUUCAUGAACUUUUUCCUGAUUAUGAUAUCGUGUAUGGUCAAUUGUAUGUUGAUCCAUAUUGAGUAUGGCAUCUUAGAAUCCCUAUUUUUUCUGAGAGCAUAUUGCACCAGGUUAUUUUUAGAAAAAUACUUCAGAAUUUUUUGUGAGAGUAUCUAUAAGGAAGUUACGUUGCUCCUUUCUAUGUUUUGAUAAGCAAGUUACAGGAGAGUGGAGUGACAAUAGAGCACCAAAUGAGGAAUAUCUGGACAAGUGGGGUUAGAGCAAUACUCGUGUAUAUUUAGUCAUUUAAACAAAAUGUAAUGCUUUACAAUCUUUUACCUAAUACACUGAGUAAUUACCUUCCAAAAAUGUCUUGCAGAAUUUAAUUUUUCAUAAACAAAUUCCAUUUCUUUUGUCCACAUUCGAACAACCAUUAUGUUAUCUCUUUCCUUUAAUGUAACGUAUGAAGACAACCAUAGGAGAAAAGGCACCUAGAAACUAUCGUCACUGACACGUGUGCACAGGCUGGAUGCAUGCAUACAACGUGUGUAAUGAGAUUCAUCUUUUUAUCUCCGAGAGUUUUAUCCACACCCCCAAAAGGGCACCCACUUAGCCCGUUCAAGGUUGCUGUUGAGAUCUAAUCUAGAGCUGUGAGGUUUAAAGCAAUAUUCAUCCACAGUCUACAUUCAAGAUAAGAGCAUAUCACCAACAACCAUUAACAGAAGGAGAAAAAAAAUCACCUAAAAACAUUGCUGCCGCGACACUCACCGCCAAUCUGCAUUGUUGAUCAUGGCCUCAGACCCGAGAUCUCGUAGUUACCUCAGGAUGUUUGAGAGCCAGUGGGACAAUGGUCACGCCUUUCUCCUGAUUGGCGCACGUUCAUCUAUCUCUCCUCUUCCUCUUCCAAACCAUGGCCCUGGUAUUGGAAAUCUAAAGCUAUACAUUCUUGAGAAUGUUAACCUGCUUGAUCCUUCACAUGGCACUACGAAUUGGAUUGGGCCUUUAUCAGAAUCGACUAUAGAAUAUCGUGAAGAUAUCAACAAUCUUGCUUCCUCCCUGGAGCAUACGCAAUCUUGGAGGGAUAUACAAGCGAGGAUUGAUGCAAUCCCUACCCUCCCAAGCCUCGCUGCCACAUACAUCAAGCAGGUUAUUUUUCAGAAAAUCCGUGACUUUGUGACAGGAUGGUCUGCUGUAUCAGCAAUAUUUGCCAUAAAAGUAAAUACUGAUAUGCUACCAGAAGAGUAUAUUGCUGCUUUGUCUGAGAGGCUACCUCAAAAUCAAACCAUCAGAGCCUCAGAUGAAGCAAUAGCAAGAUAUCUAAUUGCUUAUGAGGUUGCAAGCAGUGGCGACCGAUGUACAAUAUGCUUAAGUGGCAUAAGAACUGGAGAAAUAGCUGGGCAGAUGCCGUGCAGGCAUUUUUUUCAUCGGGAUUGUAUCACAACGUGGCUAAGGGUGAACAACAGCUGUCCGCUUUGCCGAAAUACGUUACCGAGAGACUGAUGGAGAUGGGCGAAAGAAAGAGGAUUGCUAGGAUUAGCUUGGUAAAUUAUUUUGCUCUGUUUCAUGAGGCAUGAAGCAUCAAAGGGAGGGGACGGUUUGUUCCCUUUCGGCGGCCUUGUCCUGAAUUUUUAGAUCAUAUAUGUAUGUCAAUGCAGAUUACUGUGAGAUGUGGUUAUAUUAACAAGGAGAGGUAUUAUCUAUGUUAAUUUUUAAUGAAAAUAGCUUUGCUUAUA